AUGCAGAUCUUUGUUAAGACCCUCACUGGCAAGACUAUCACGCUCGAGGUUGAAUCCUCCGACACUAUCGACAAUGUCAAGGCCAAGAUCCAAGAUAAGGAGGGUAUCCCACCCGACCAACAGCGCUUGAUCUUCGCGGGCAAGCAGCUGGAAGAUGGCAGAACUCUGUCCGAUUAUAACAUUCAGAAGGAGUCGACGCUGCACCUCGUGCUUCGUCUCCGUGGCGGCAUGCAGAUCUUCGUCAAGACCCUCACGGGCAAGACCAUUACGCUGGAGGUCGAAUCGUCUGACACAGUUGACAAUGUCAAGGCAAAGAUCCAAGACAAGGAGGGUAUCCCUCCGGACCAGCAGCGUCUGAUUUUUGCUGGGAAGCAACUUGAGGAUGGCCGCACGCUGUCCGACUACAACAUUCAGAAGGAGUCGACGCUGCACCUCGUGCUUCGUUUGCGCGGUGGCAUGCAGAUAUUCGUCAAGACGUUGACCGGCAAGACGAUUACGCUUGAGGUCGAGUCUUCGGACACGAUCGACAAUGUGAAGGCGAAGAUUCAGGAUAAAGAGGGUAUCCCUCCCGAUCAGCAGCGCCUCAUCUUCGCUGGCAAACAACUAGAAGAUGGGCGUACGUUGUCGGAUUACAACAUUCAGAAGGAGUCUACUCUUCAUCUUGUCCUCCGUCUUCGUGGAGGUAUGCAGAUCUUCGUGAAGACGCUGACCGGCAAGACGAUCACGCUUGAGGUCGAGUCUUCGGAUACUAUCGAUAACGUGAAGGCAAAGAUUCAGGAUAAGGAGGGCAUUCCUCCCGACCAGCAGCGCCUCAUCUUCGCCGGCAAGCAGUUGGAAGAUGGGCGCACAUUGUCCGACUACAAUAUCCAGAAGGAGUCGACGCUGCACCUCGUGCUUCGCCUGCGCGGUGGCAUGCAGAUUUUUGUCAAGACGUUGACCGGCAAGACGAUCACGCUUGAGGUCGAGUCUUCCGACACGAUUGACAAUGUGAAGGCGAAGAUUCAGGAUAAGGAGGGCAUCCCUCCCGAUCAGCAGCGCCUCAUCUUCGCCGGCAAACAACUAGAAGAUGGGCGUACAUUGUCUGACUACAACAUUCAGAAGGAGUCGACGCUGCAUCUCGUCCUCCGUCUCCGUGGCGGUAUGCAGAUCUUCGUUAAGACGCUGACUGGCAAGACGAUAACGUUGGAAGUGGAGUCGUCUGACACCAUCGACAAUGUCAAGGCGAAGAUCCAAGAUAAGGAGGGCAUCCCUCCUGACCAGCAGCGUCUGAUCUUCGCAGGCAAGCAGUUGGAGGACGGCCGGACUCUGUCGGACUAUAACAUCCAGAAGGAAUCGACGCUGCACCUAGUGCUCCGUCUCCGCGGCGGUAUGCAAAUUUUUGUAAAGACGCUCACUGGGAAGACCAUCACUUUGGAGGUCGAGUCUUCGGACACGAUCGACAAUGUGAAGGCGAAGAUUCAAGACAAAGAGGGCAUCCCUCCUGACCAGCAACGUCUGAUCUUCGCCGGCAAGCAGUUGGAGGAUGGCAGGACGCUGUCAGACUACAACAUCCAGAAGGAGUCUACCCUCCAUCUUGUCCUGCGUCUCCGUGGUGGUCUUUGAGGUUGAGGUGCUUUCCAGACGUCCGGGUCGCUAUCUUCACGUGUAUCCUUGUAACAUUAGCAACGCAGUCGUUCGGCAGCGUGUACAAUAGACUAUU